AUGGCCACUUUAACCUUCCCUCUCUUUUCAUGCCCAGUUUCUAAUUCCCAUACUCUCUCUAGAUUGUCUCGUGCAAUAGUAUCCGCGUCGCGCCCUAACAGCAGCAAAAGCCGCAACCAUAAAAGGCUACAGCUCCACAAGAACCGUAGACGAACAGAAGCUCCUCCCGACUUCCAUCCCAGUCUCCGAAAACCUUCGACCGAACGUGAUUGUGAGGAAAAUAAUGAUGCUCUUGUUGCCAAUUCUGAUGAUUCUGAGUGGGACCCGGAUGAGAUCGAAGCCAUUUCCUCCAUUUUCCAAGGACGGGUCCCUCCGAAGCCAAACAGAGAAAGGCCUCUCCCGCUCCCCCUCCCUCACAAGACUCGGCCUUUGGGAUUCCCCACAUCUAAAAGAAUAGUCAGUACUCGCCUUUCUCGUCCUAACAGGCAGCUCGUGUCCAACCAAGUCUACAAGAAGCCGAAUUUCUUGAUCGGCUUAGCCAGGGACAUCCGGGCCCUACCUCCCGAUGAUGAUGUGUCCAGUGUUCUUGACCGGUGGGCCCGGUUUCUAAGGAAAGGGUCACUGUCGCUCACGAUACGUGAGCUGGGCCACAUGAGCCUUCCCAAACGGGCCCUCCACGUCUUCACCUGGGUCCAGAGGCAGCCGCAUUUGUUUCCGGACGAUCGGGUCUUGGCUUCCACUGUCCGGGUACUGGCGCAGGCCCACGAACUGAAAAUGCCUAUCAACUUGGACGAUAAUUUUGUGGGCCUUGCGAGCAAGAGCGUGUACGAGGCAAUGGUGAAGGGGUUCAUGGAGGGCGGAAACUGGAGAAACGCAUUGAGGCUGCUCUCAGCCGCCACACGAGGGAAAAGGAUUUUGGACCCUAGCUUGUAUGCCAAAUUGAUUAUGGAGAUUGGGAAAAACCCGGAUAAGAGGAUGCUCGUCUUGCCCCUGCUGGAGGAGCUCGGGAGAAGAGAUGAGUUUGAUCUGACUCAGCAGGACUGCACGGGCAUCAUGAAAGUCUGUGCCAGUCUGGGGAAGUUUGAUGCGGUGGAGGCGUUGUAUGGUUGGUUCAAAAAGUCGGGCAAUGUUCCUAGUGUUGUUAUGUACACCACUAUUGUGCACUGCCGGUAUUUGGAUAAUAAAUAUAAGGAGGCAAUGGCUGUCGUGUGGGAAAUGGAGGCCUCUGAUUGUUUGCUCGAUCUUCCGGCAUAUCGGGUGCUCAUAAAGCUUUUUGUUGCUUUGGGUGAUCUCUCGAGAACCGCAAGAUAUUUUACGAAGCUUAAGGAAUCGGGUUUUGCACCGACGUACGAUAUCUACAGGUGCAUGAUUGGAAUUUACAUGGCUUCUGGGAGGUUGGCCAAGUGCAAGCAAAUCUGCCGUGAGGCUGAGAUGGCUGGGCACAACUUCAAUGAACUCCAAGGAUAA